UAUAAAGACACAUCGACUCAAACGACAGUGAAUCCAGCUCACUGGGUUUUUUUCCCCUCCGAGGUGAGAUUUCAGUGUCUAUUUAGCGUUUAACUGGGUAUCAAAUGCGAUCGCUCUCGUUCGAAGGCCCCCCGCGUGGUCGUCAUGUAGCCUAGUCCUUAUCAAAGCUCCCCCUCCCUCUGCCUUGUUGUGACAGCUCUGAUAUUGUUUAUCGAGGUGGAUGUCAGGUUUAAUUAGCAAUCGAUAGGGAAAGCGCUCUCUGCCCGCGUCUCUGACGUCACCACCGAUUAGCGCUUCUCAUUGGUCUCAAAUUCCCCGAGCCGAGGCUAAUUAUUGGAAGGUGGCCGCGUUGAUAAAGUACAGCUCGUCCCCCCUCCUUUUCUCCCGCACCAUGUCCCCUCCUCGGCGGCCGCGCACGCUGCGUGUCUUUUAAACUCUGCGCCGCCGGGUCUCUACACGUCGCUUCCUCCUUUUUUUUUUUGCCCGGGCAAUGAUGGACAGCAGGAUACUGGAUCCACCUCACGCCCAGUUCGGAGGCUCGCUCGGCGGCAUGGUGAGCUUUCCGUACCACCUCGGCCACCACCAUGUGUACGAACUGGCCGGGCAUCAGCUGCAGUCCGCGGCCGCCGUCCCUUUCUCCAUAGACGGAUUACUGAACGGCUCGUGCGCCGCGUCGGUAGUGAACUCGAACCCGCUGCUGUCGUCUGGCUGCGCUAUGAAUGGAGAUAACCAGCAGUACAAACUGACAGAUUCGGGAGAUCCAGAGAAGGAUAGCCCUGGCUGUAAGAGAAGGCGAACUCGCACCAAUUUCACUGGCUGGCAGCUGGAAGAAUUAGAGAAGGCUUUUAAUGAGAGCCAUUAUCCAGAUGUGUUCAUGAGGGAGGCACUGGCUCUCAGACUGGACUUGAUAGAAUCGAGGGUGCAGGUGUGGUUCCAGAACCGCAGGGCCAAGUGGAGGAAAAAAGAGAACACGAAGAAAGGUCCAGGCCGACCAGCGCACAACUCGCAUCCGACCACGUGCAGCGGCGAGCCCAUGGACGCUGAGGAGAUCGCCCGGCGCGAGCGCGAGCGCCUGGAGAAGAAGAAGCGCAAGCAGGAAAAGCGGUUGCUGCGGGCGCAGGGUGGCAAGCUGCUUCCCGGGGACUUGUUUCAUACACCGGGCUCGGACAGCGACAGCGGCGUGUCGCACGUGACGGACAGCGAGCACCAGCAAGUGCACUGCGACUCUGUCAGCCGCCAUCAGACGCACGCGGGCUGCGAGCAAACGUCAAACCAAAGAAGCGCGCACGCUGACGCAAGCGGAGCCGAGUUGGACUCAUCAGACGGCGCGCGCCAAGCGAGCCUCGCCAGAUCCCCCGGCCUCCAAAAAGCAAAUCCUUUCAGCGUGGAGAGCCUGCUGUCGGACUCGAGGCCACGGCGUAAACCCGCUGUCGACUUCCCAGUAGCCUCUGCGCGGCCUUUGAUAGGGAAGGGCCACUUUUUGCUUUACCCCAUCACACAGCCGCUCGGUUUCAUCGUGCCACAGACUGCUCUAAAGGGCACGGCGGCAGGUACCGAGGAAGAGCACGAGCACGGGCCAAAGGUUCUCGUAAGCGACAGUGACGCUACCGGAAGCCCAGUACAGAGGAGUGACCCGGAGCUGAGCAGUGUAAACCCAAACGCGACAGCAAUCAAAGGCCAGGUCAGUCCAUCGGGUCCACUCGCUUGUUCACUGCAGGCCAGUCCGGGCCAAGCCUGUAACGGGCCCUCAUCGGGCGAAGUGUGUCCGCCAGAUAGAGAGCCAGAGCUCGGCUGUCCAAAGUCUCCCCAGUCCGAAAAAAAGGAGCAGUCGUUAGGCGUGUUCGAUUAUCCACAGAGCUCCGAAUCGCCUUCAACCCACACGGACACCGACAAAGACUCGGCUGAUGUCGACAUGGGAUAAAUUGGGCACUGAAUAAAUCGAGGAGUGUCAAUUUAUUGUCUGACACUCUUUCAAAGCUUAACCGAAGAGGAAAAAAACAAAACAAAAACAAUACACUGACAUAUCAACGCGGCCCCCUUUUUAUUUUUUAUUAUUAUAAUUUUUUUCAUUGACAUAUUUAUAUUAUGAUUAGGGGAAUAUCUGUGUGAACACUUGUGUAUGUGUGUGGUGGGCUAAAUGUUUAUUGGAAAAGAAAAAUAGAUCAACAACAGCAGCAGCAGCAGCAGCUCCCUGUAACAAACUGUAAAGAGAACAAGACAAAACCUCAAACGUUGUAAAAAAAAAAAAAAAAGUAUUAAAAUAUUUAUAUAUGUAAGUUUUUCAUAAAUAAAUCGAUUGUAUACAAUGACA